AUGGCGUCCGACGUCUUCUACAACCGACUGCCCUACACUCAGCGCCGUGCCGUCGCGCACCAGCGGCGUGACUCGGCAUCGGCACCGGGCUCGUCUUCGUCCGUACACCCGCGCAGAUCCGUCGGCACCACGCGCUCCGGCGGCGCUCUCACCUUCCCGCCGCUCUAUCUCGAUCCCAUCGACCCGCUUGCCGCACACGACCCGUCCGCCCACCCGCAGGCCGCCAGCCAUGCACAGCAGCCGGGCAACUUUGUCCUCGGCUCCACCUUCUACCAUCAUCCGGAACUCAACGCGCUCGUAUCGAAUCACCUUGUCGAUGCCUCUGCCAAUGCACCCGACGGCGCCUCUGGUACUGGCCAUGCCUUUCUCAGCACCAUCUUUGCCAAUCGCGACGGCGCACACGAUGACGACUCGGACGGCGAGGACGCUGCGCUCAAUGCGGCGGAUGCAGCGCUAGCCGUGCCUAGGCCCAAGAUCACCGCAGAAUUCGUCUCGCUCAACGAGGACCUUGUGCCGGCCUCUCUCGACAUGCAUGGCGACAUGCUGCCAGCAGAUCAGCAUCCGUCCUAUCCAUUUGGCAAUCUCUUUGGGCCGCUCGGAGGCGCGAUUGCUGCAGACAGUGCCAUCGUCGGCGGGGCACACGGUACAUCAGCCUCCUCGACCUCAGCCGCAGCCUCGCUUGCCGCAGGACUGGGUGAUGCAGCCGACACGCUUGGCUUCAACUUUGGCGGCGGACUCGAAGGACUGAUGAGCCUCGGUCGGGCGAGCCACGGGCGGCGCGGCGCGGUGGCCAACGGCUGGAACCCGUUCAUCAACAAGGCAUCGCGCACCAAGCUUGUCGGCUCUGCAGGAGCUCAGGCGCGCUGGAACGACGACGCCGAGCAAGAAGCCGAGCCUGGGCAUCCCGCUCGAGUGCCCGACGCCAAUACCACCGAGGCUUCGCAGGCAGAUACUUUGCGAGCGGCAAAGAAGCUCGAUCUGUCGCCCAACUUGCUCUUCCGCACAAGUACCGCCACCGUGCUUUCCGCACCAUCCUGGCCCUUCCGACGCCACGGGCCUGGCGCGACCAACUUUGCGGCUCUGCUGCGCCCAAGCUCCAACAUCUUUGGCACGAGCCCGGCGAGCCAAGCCGUAGCGGCGACGCUGGGCGGGCUACCUGCGAGUGCGAACAUCAUCGGCGAAGUGUGGUCCGACCUGGCGCUCGAAGAGCUGCUUCCGCGCAACGUGGGCGAUACUGCGGCGGUCCGCCAUCUCGGUGGUGGAGUGGAGGAGGACGCGGAGGACGAGGCGGCAGGAGCCGAGGGGAGAGGCAAGAAGCGCAGGCGGUCCGAGCCGGAAGCGGAUGCGGUAUUCGCGCGACGUGCGGCGGCGAUGGAGGCGGAUCCGCUGGAUCUACUUGGGCCGAUAUCGCGCGAGAUCCGCGGGCAGGCAGCUGUGCCCUGGGGCACCGCCAGCGCCCGCGCAACGCAAGGCCGGCACGAUGGCCGACCACGACGUCGACGCAGGCGGGACGCAUAUUCGGAUCAGUCGGAAGACGAAGCGGCCGAGGCGGAACACGACGAUCCCGAGCAAGGGUACGCACACCGCGACCGCGUGCGGUACAGCUUUGCGCUCCCACCGGCCACGUUCACCUGGACCGAAGCCGAUGACUCGGAGCUGGACGACGAUGCCGAGGGCUCGCGUGAGCUGCGUGCCGAGCCGGAUGGUAUUGGGUUUUCCACUGCCAAGCGCAUCUUUGUCAACGAGGAGCGCGAUCGGCUGCUGCCGCCCGUGUAUUCGCGGGCCGCGGCAGCAGCGGGAGCCAUCGAGCCGUACCGCGUGCGCGGCGUGCGUGCGAACCAGGGACUCCUCCCGCGGCCGCCAUGGACAUGGAGGGACGGUACAACAGAUGCAGACGCAGCAGCCGACCUGAGCGUGCAGACUGAGCUGUCGGCAUCCACAUCCCAUCCGACUGACUUGCACAGCACAGCGCAGGAGCAGGGAGACGGGUGGCAGCAACACCAAGACGUCGACGAGGUCCAUGACGAAGACGACGAAGACGACGAAGAAGCGCAGAUCCAGCGUGCGCUGCUCAUGCAGUACGAGGAUGCGGCAGCUCAGCGUGCCGACAGCGAGGAGGCGGCUCAAUCUCACGACGAUCAGCAGUACGACGACGAAGAUGAGGAGGACGAAGUCGGGUCCUUUGACUAG